CUUUCUGUCCGCCACAGAAGACUCGAAAAGCAGCCAUCAACAUACAGUAUUUCAUGACGAAGUACUUGUAGUAUCUUAAAUGUCUCUUUGUUGUCGCCUUACCUGCACUUUAUUCACCUUUCCCGUCAACAUGUAACCCUAGACGGCUUCAUGUUGCGUCGACUCUGCUACACGGCUCUACAGCCUCCAGUAAAAUAAAAGCAGCCCUUCUGAGAAGAUGGACGUGUGAGUUGUUCAAAGGCACAGAAACACAGAAAAGAGGCCUCCCAUUACUCACAUAGCUUAGAGGAGACAGCCUUAAAAAGUUGUCAUGAUUGCAGAUGCAGAGGGGAAAGGACCUCCAGCUGCAGAGUCCACAGCAGCACACAUGUCUUCUUGUAACACCCAGCAGGUACAAAGUGGGGCAUCGGUGUCGUCCUUGCCUGGGGCCCCCUUACAGCCCCCUGCCUCCACUACUACUGAGGAAGACGACGAAAGUGAAGAUGAGUCGGACAUCCUGGAGGAGAGUCCGUGUGGACGUUGGCAGAAGCGCAGAGAGGAGGUGAAUCAACGUAAUGUGCCUGGGAUGGACACAGCCUACUUGGCCAUGGACACAGAGGAAGGGGUAGAAGUGGUGUGGAAUGAAGUCAUGUUCUCAGAGAGGAAGAACUUCAAACUUUUGGAGGAGAAGGUGAAAGCAGUAUUUGAUAACCUCAUCCAUUUGGAGCAUGCAAAUAUCGUCAAAUUCCACAAGUACUGGAUUGACACAAAGGAGAACCGGGCCCGGGUGAUUUUCAUUACUGAGUACAUGUCAUCAGGGAGUUUGAAGCAGUUCCUGAAAAAGACCAAAAAGAAUCACAAGGCCAUGAAUGAAAAAGCUUGGAAGAGAUGGUGCACACAGAUCCUGUCAGCUCUCAGUUAUCUCCAUUCAUGUGACCCACCCAUUAUCCACGGCAACUUGACCUGUGACGCCAUCUUCAUCCAGCACAAUGGCCUCAUCAAGAUAGGAUCAGUGGCUCCAGACACCAUCAACAACCAUGUGAAGACGUGCCAUGAAGAACAGAAGAACUUGCAUUUCUUUGCCCCAGAGCAUGGAGAUGUCACUGAUGUCACCACAGCUGUAGACAUCUACUCGUUCGGCAUGUGUGCCCUCGAGAUGGCUCUUUUGGAGAUUCAGGGAAAUGGGGAGUCUUCAUAUGUUUCUGAGGAGGCCGUCAACACUGCCAUACAGCUUCUGGAUGAUCCAUUGCAGAGGGAGCUAAUUCAGAAAUGCCUAGAGUGUGAUCCAUGUACGAGGCCAACUGCCCAAGAGUUGCUGUUUAACCAGGCUCUGUUUGAAGUGCCACUAUUGAAGCUACUGGCUGCUCACUGCAUUGUCAGCCAUCAAUACAUGAUCCCUGAGAACGCCUUGGAAGAGAUUACAAAAAACUUGGACCCUAACCUGGUCAUCGCUGAUAAGAAAGAUGAUGUCCAGCUCAAGCUGUCACAGUUCCCUGCCUCGGAGCUUGAUAAGUUCCUGGAAGAUGUGCGAAACGGUAUUUAUCCUAUGACUGCCUUCGGGCUUCCCUCUCCUAAGCGGCCCCAACAGGCGACUGUUCAAUCUCCAGUUGUCAUUCCUUUGGUAAAGUCCCCCACACCUGAACCUGCAGAGCUGGAGACACGGCGGGUCAUUCAUAUGCAGUGUAAUGUAGAACUCAUCGAGGAGGGAGCCAAAUAUCAUCUGACAUUGCUGCUGAAGCUGGAGGACAAGCUGAACAGACAUCUAAGCUGUGACAUGUUACCUCAUGAAAAUGUUCAAGAGUUGACUGGAGAGUUGGUGCAACUGGGCUUCAUCAGUGAGAUGGACCAAAACAAAAUAGCCUCUCUCCUUCAAGAAAGCUUCAGCCAAAGCUUUUAACGAGCACUAAAUACUCCAAAAAACAACGCCUGUUACAUUUCCCCUUUAAGCAUUCAGCAUGCUGAAUUUCUUUUUUCUUCUUCUUUUUUUUUUUUUGUCUUACAUUGAAUGUAACCAAAACCAAAAUGUUACAUCAGGGAUGAAAACUUCACAAGUGCAUUUAGAAAAGUGUGUAAAUGAGAUUUAAUUCUGUUGUGAGUUAAAUUAAAGAACUGUCGCCAUGUAGUGGGAGUAGAUACUCUAUAUACCCAGAGACCAAAUGAUAUCAAAUGAGUGCCACCGUGCCUUUUUAUGCACGAUUCCACGCAUUUGGUGGACUGUUAGAUGUGUACAUGACGGCACAUUCCCAGCAUCCUGAAAGGUUCAAGUUGUAAGUCAAUGUUAUUAGUCUCACAAGUGUAGUAGAACAUUACUUAGCCUUUCGUGGCUUGUAUGUUAUGAAAGCCUUUGAAACAAGAGCACAGAUUGUGUGGUGACAAUCUUGCCAAGUAUCUGUGGAAAUGUUACUUUUGAGGGACUGUGAACUCAGUGUUACUGUUUGUUUUUUACGUGUUUCUCCACUUUAAAACAUCUCAUCUCAGUUCACUUGUCAUUCUUGUCACAGUGUGACUUUUCCCCCCCGUUGAAAGUGGCUUUUUCCCCAUCAUCCAUCCUUCCAUCCAUCCAUCUAUCUGUACAAGUGUCAUUAUUUUUUAUUUAUGUUGCCAAUACUGUAUGUUCUUCUUUCACACCAUCAUGGUAAGUAUCUGAGCCACUUUGCAAAUGUUACUUCUAUUGUUGCUGUUGCAUUCAUUUCAUCGACAGAUCCACUUGGAUACAAGAUUCCGCAUCACCAGGUAGUGUUUUUAAGACUCUUUUAAGUAAGAUCCAGGUGUUGCCUUUGACAUUUUGUUGUGACAUUGUCCCUGAGAGCUUCAUGAACAGUAACUGGUGACAACAAGGUACUCUGUGUUGAUCAGAAAUGUCUAAUCCAAAACAGGAGACACUAACUGAAUCACAAUCAAUUUUAUGAAAAAUGUAUCUGUGAGUAUUGGUGGUGUAGACGCUGGUUGUUAUAGUGUUUUUUUUCCUCAAAGUGCUGGAUUUGGGUUUUGUGUAUGUUUAUAUGUUUUUUUUCUAGAAUUUGCAACUGGUCUUUCAAAUAAA